AGCUCCGCCUUUCUGCACAGAGGUUGGGUUGGUUGAGGUAGUUUGUUUGUUUGCGAGACAGUCGGGGGCCGCGAAAGGGGUUGUUGGAGCCUUCUCAGAAGGAGCUACCCACAGCUGGAGAAAAUUGUCUUUUUCCAGGCCAAUCCCCCUACCCCCUGUGCUUGCAAGUUCUGGUCAGUGGCUGGUAAGUUUUUCAUUGGCUGGAGCACAGGCUGCUCUUGGAAUCCAGGCCAUGACCAGCAGAGGAGCUGCGAGGCCAAAUGGUCAGUCACAAGCCAGUAAGAUCUGUCAAUUCAAGCUAGUACUACUGGGUGAAUCGGCAGUAGGCAAGUCCAGCCUGGUGCUGCGCUUUGUCAAGGGACAGUUCCAUGAAUACCAGGAGAGCACCAUCGGUGCGGCUUUCCUCACACAGUCUGUCUGCCUAGAUGACACAACAGUAAAGUUUGAGAUCUGGGACACAGCUGGUCAGGAAAGAUAUCACAGUUUGGCUCCUAUGUAUUAUCGAGGGGCUCAAGCUGCCAUUGUGGUGUAUGACAUAACCAACCAGGAAACGUUUGCACGAGCAAAAACAUGGGUGAAAGAACUCCAGCGGCAAGCUAGCCCAAACAUUGUUAUAGCCUUAGCAGGAAAUAAGGCUGAUCUUGCCAACAAGCGCAUGGUAGAAUAUGAAGAGGCCCAGGCUUAUGCAGAUGACAACAGUCUAUUGUUUAUGGAGACAUCUGCCAAGACAGCAAUGAAUGUCAAUGAUCUCUUCCUGGCGAUAGCUAAGAAGCUGCCAAAGAGUGAGCCCCAGAGCACAGGCGGUGCUGCGGGUCGGAAUCGAGUUGUGGACCUUCACGAGCAGUCCCAGCAGAACAAGAGCCAGUGUUGUAGCAACUAAACAGUGGCAUUAAAGCAGCCAGCGAGAGAUAAGAUAUAACCUCCAUUCCCACCCCACUCAAUCACACCUCACCUCCAAUAACAGCAUCGGCACACUUGGAAGCCGCCCCCUUCCUUCUCCUGAGAGCUCCGUUUAACUGCAAUUCUAAUGCUUCAGAAACCACCACCAGACGUCUGUUACCACCACCCCAAGAAAAUGGAGAAAGACCGACUGGGGACUUAACUUCCAAAAACAAACUCUUCUUCACUUUGUAUUAUAGGUGCAAAUAGCUACCUACUUACUCGGAUUCCCCUGCUCUGUUUUCUCCCAGAUAAUAUUCCUUUCCCUCCUCCUUUUCCUGUACACAACUGUCUUUGCUCUGAUAAAAAUCUGUGUUUUUGGUCCCAUAACAUCCACUCUCUCCACAUCCACUCCCUUUAUUUUGUUGAAUGCUGUGGGGGGUGGGCACAAGUGAGGGGAAACCGAUUCUUGUAGAUUUAUUUUUAAGAGCAACAUUAAUGGAUUUCUUCAGAAAAUGCAGAAAUUUUUUUGGAGGGAAUCCUUUGGAGUUCAUUUUUAAAAAUUCAUUUUUUGUUUUCAGUGUUCAGAAAAGCUGCAGUGUCCUUUGUUAUCUUUUUCCAGGGCAAUCUUUUCUGGCUGGGUUGGAGAGGGAAAUUGUAUCUUAAGUCUUGCUAGUGGCUUGCUUGCUAUGACAUGGAUUGUGACCCUAGGUCUCAGUGGCAUGAAUACAAGAAUCAUGUGUUUAUGAACAUAGAGCAUACGAAACAGUUUUCCCAGACCCUUGAAUAGUACUCGAUCAAUGCCUUAGACAUUGUGUCGGCCAGGACAGUUGCAGAAGGAAGAGAGUCGUUGGAGGAGUAUUGAUCCUAACUGGGAUGGCUAGCGUUUCAAGGCAAAAGGCUGUAGUGUCUCUCCUCCUGUUAUGUUGGCAUCCGGUUGAUUUCUCUGCAGGCUGCGCUUCAGUUAUCAGUCCCAUGGAGAUGCUCUGUUCUCUGCUGAACAGGUGUGACUGACUUUCUGAAGCAAGAACAUGCAAGCGAGACCAAGCGCUCUGUGCACCCCUCACCUACAGUUGAGCAGCCUAUGUGCAUUCCUUUUUGAUAGGUUUUAUCUGUUCAGCCUGAGGUUGACAACAAAAUGUACAACAUAGCCUGUCCAGUAAAAUAUUGUUCUCAGUUGCCAAAAAGAGAAGGGUUCUUGUGUGCCUAGCAGAACUUGGGAAAAGCUUCUUCCCAAUUAUUGCUACAGGCAAAGGCUUUUGGGCUGUGGAGUUAGGAGUGCUGGAAUGAGAAAGAAAGCAGCAUCCUAGAUAGGAGGAGAGGUGCCAGGAGGAGGACCAGUACUGUAUUUCCAUACCUUAUUCCUCACCAGGGAAUGCCCAGCUUGCCUUGUGACUUUGUCCUACUUCUUUGUGAAUUGCCUUGCAUACAAACUUGAUCUUGUUCUUACCCUAUGUGACAUUGUGGAGAAGUGGCGGAACAGUCCCAUCUGUCUCUGCCCCUCAAUCCUCAAGGGCUGUCUAAACUUAAGAAGUUUGAAUUGAACAUUCUCAGCCCUUUUAUGUUAAGUUUUCUCUGUAAAUAGCACAGCACAAAUAUGUGUAAAAAAUAUAAAGCAGUGGGUGAUUGGGGGGUUUUUACUUCCCUGCUAUUAGCUAAAGAAUGUAAUAGCUUUUUAAAUUUAGCUGUAGAUACAGUGCUGAUCUGUAAGAAUAAGCAUGCUGCCAUCUCACCCACAUCUGACUUGUUGAACAGCUAGCAACAACCAUCUUUGUAAGGGAUUACUCCUUUCCCAACAGUAGCUUUCCCAGAAUCAGUAGCACAUUCUUCCAGCCUCCAUCCUCUGAGCACCCUUACUCUCUUAAAGCCUCAUACAUGAGUGCAGUAGCUAAAGUGGAACAAUUCCCCUGUGCUGGCUAAUCUGGCUUCAAGUCGUCUGGCAACCAAUCUCUUGGGUGUAUUUUGAUUCAUCUCUCAUGUAGAUUUCUUAUAUGAUUGCUGCUGUGGCAGAGCUCGGAAUAGGUUGUGCUUAAAUACAUGUGCACACGCCCUUUCCUGGUUAUUUCUCCAAGCAUGGUUUUAAGCACUCUGAUUGGCACAUAUGUGCAUUUACUUACCUAAUCCUAUUCAUUAGUGCUACUUAAAUACUAAUGUCUACCCAAACAAUGUGAGAAUCUAGGACAUAAACUUAGUUCUUGUGGCCAUACAUUGAGACUGUUAAAUCCUGCACUACUGUCAGCAUGUGGUAAAUGACUAUCCUGUGGUAACUCUAUUAAACUAGAAGCAAUUAAGGAAGGCGCCAACUAACCUGUCUUCUCAAGGCAUUAGCAGGAAUGCUGCAAACCUGAAUUGACUCUGAAGUGCUGUAUGCCAUAGCAUCUUGUCUCAUCCAGUUGACAAAAGUGCAGGUUGGCUAUUGAGAUGUAAUCAGACUCCUCACUAUCAUUGUGCAUGCAACUUAUGAUGAUGAAGUCUAGAUUACAUUGUCCCAUCUUUCUCCUCACAUUUACUCCAAGCUCUAAGAGCCCAUUUUUUGUCAGGGUAGAGCUCUAUGUGCGGAAGAAUCCUGAAAUGGAGUCUUGAACCUUCAGUUAUGUUCACUGUAAAACCUUCAUUAACAGUUUUUUGUUUUGUUAUGUGCAUAUAAUGUGAUGUUUGUGGCCAUCUGGGAAGACCUAGGAGCAGGGAAUAAGCAUGCCUCUUCCAACAAGGCUAAGAUGCUGCAUUGCUCUCAGCUCAUAGCAAAGCAAAAACAAAUUUUGUAUUUAAAUGCCCAGAAAAAACCUACAGCUCUCAGUUAUUUUUUUUACUGCUUCCUGGCUAGCUCCUGGACCAAGUGAGGACACUGCAGCUUUUGAAGAAACAGCAGCAAAAAACCCUACUCCUUUUUUCUGAUUACUCUUCUGAUCAUUUUCUUUCUUUUGGGAAAGCUCUUACAUUGCAUUUACAAUAACAAUCAUGGUAACAGAAUUCAACUGCUGAUUUACCGAUGUAUUUAAUGUAAGUAAACAAAAAAAUCAGUGUAUUA